GUCUUCUUCGUUACCACCAAUCAAUGUUUAAUAAAAAAAGAAAGAAAAGGAAAAACUGCUCCACUGCAUCAGUUGAUGUUAACAAUAAAUAAAUAAAUAACCUGACCUGAUAUCUCUGUUUCCUUUUAUACUCUGAUCCUUUGCCUUUACAGAAAACAGACAAAGAAGGAAUGUGCAAAUCCCACCACCAUAUCUUAACCUUCCACUUGAUUUCGUUUUCACACACCUUUGAUUUUCUCUCCUUUUUAUUCCAGGAAAGUGGUGUUUGUUGAUCGUUGAAGCAAAUAAAACAUGGCUACUCUAAACGAUAUCGGGGUUGCAGCAGCUAUCAAUAUUCUCACAGCACUUGCUUUCUUUUUAGCAUUUGCAAUGCUUCGGAUUCAACCAGUGAAUGACAGGGUUUACUUCCCCAAAUGGUAUAUCAAAGGCUUAAGAAGCAGUCCUUUGGUGAAUGGAAGUGCGUUUGCCAGCAAGUUCGUGAACUUGGACCUGAGGUCAUACACCAGGUUUCUGAACUGGAUGCCUGCCGCACUCCAAAUGCCGGAGCCUGAGCUGAUCGACCAUGCCGGAUUGGAUUCAGCUGUUUACUUGAGGAUUUACUUGUUGGGGCUUAAAAUAUUUGGUCCCAUAGCAUUGACAGCAUUUACGGUGAUGAUUCCAGUUAAUUGGAGCAAUAAUACGUUGGAGCAUUCGGGUUUAACAUACAGCGAUAUAGAUAAGCUCUCUAUAUCAAAUAUUCCGAUUGGAUCGCAUAAGUUUUGGACGCAUUUAGUACUGGCAUAUGGCUUUACGUUUUGGACAUGCUACGUUUUGAAAAGAGAGUAUGAGAUAGUAGCAGCUAUGAGAUUGCACUUCCUUGCGUCGGACCAACGACGCCCUGACCAAUUUACAGUACUGGCCAGAAACGUCCCACCUGAUCCCGAUGAAUCAGUUACUGAGCUUGUCCAACAUUUCUUCCUUGUCAACCAUCCACAUCACUAUCUCAGUCACCAGGUUUGGUCUCUUACAUCAACAUUAAAAAUCAUACCAUCCUCCAUAACCUUUUCUUUGUUGCAGCUUGUUUACAACGCUAACAAGCUCUCAGAAUUGGUCAAUGAGAAGAAGAAAAUUCAGAAUUGGCUAGACUUCUAUCAAAAUAAAUACAAAAGGAAUCCCUUAAAGAGACCUUCAUUGAAGACUGGUUUCCUUGGCCUUUGGGGAAACAGAGUAGAUGCAAUCGAUUUUUAUACAUCCUUUGUUGAGAGAUUAUCUAGAGAUAUAUGUGGUGAGAGAGAGAAGGUUAGUAGCAACACAAAAUCAAUCAUGCCAGCAGCAUUCGUUUCCUUCAAAACUCGAUGGGGAGCUGCUGUGUGUGCACAAACCCAACAAUCUAGGAACCCAACUACGUGGUUGACCGAGUGGGCUCCUGAACCGCGAGAUGUUUACUGGGAAAACUUAGCCAUUCCAUUUGUUUUUCUCACAAUUCGCAGGCUUAUUGCUGCCAUUGCAUUUUUCUUUCUUACAUUCUUUUUCAUGAUCCCUAUAGCUAUUGUACAAUCGCUUGCUAACAUUGAGAGCAUUGAGAAAGCGCUUCCCUUCCUCAAACCCAUAAUUGAAGUGAAAUUCAUAAAGUCAUUCAUCCAAGGUUUUCUUCCUGGGAUUGCUCUGAAGAUAUUUCUUUUGUUCCUGCCUACUAUAUUGAUGAUGAUGUCAAAGUUCGAAGGAUUUAUUAGCCUAUCUGCUCUGGAAAGGAGAUCUGCGAGUAGAUAUUAUUUCUUCCAAUUUAUUAAUGUUUUUCUUGGGAGCAUAAUAACUGGAACUGCGUUUCAGCAACUUAAUCAUUUUAUCCACCAAUCUACUAGUCAGAUACCAAAGACAAUUGGGGUCUCAAUUCCAAUGAAGGCAACAUUCUUCAUUACUUAUAUAAUGGUUGAUGGUUGGGCCGGAGUUGCUGGGGAGAUACUGAGGUUGAAGCCCCUGAUAAUCUACCACUUAAAGAAUUCUUUCUUGGUUAAGACAGAAAAGGACCGGGAAGAAGCAAUGGAUCCCGGGACCAUUGGCUUUAACACCGGCGAACCUCAAAUACAGCUUUACUUCCUACUCGGUCUUGUCUAUGCUGUGGUGACUCCGAUACUGCUUCCCUUCAUAAUAGUAUUCUUUGCCUUGGCUUAUGUCGUAUACCGUCAUCAGAUCAUAAAUGUUUACCAUCAGGAAUAUGAAAGUGCUGCAGCAUUCUGGCCUGAUGUUCAUGUCCGUGUCGUUGCUGCAUUAAUCGUCUCACAGCUGCUACUAAUGGGAUUAUUGAGCACUAAAGAAGCUUCUCAGUCGACUCCAUUGCUUAUCACCCUUCCCGUAUUGACCAUAUGCUUCCACAGAUUCUGCAAAGGGCGUUAUGAACCAGCUUUUGUUAGAUAUCCUUUACAGGAAGCAAUGAUGAAAGAUACAUUGGAGCGAGCAAAGGAAGCAAACUUGAACUUGAAAGGGUUCCUUCAAAAUGCGUACAUCCACCCGGUUUUCAAAUCUGCGGAUGAGAGUGAUAGUGAGAGUGAGAGUGAGUGGGAGCGUUCCCCGGCACUGGUUGCAACGAAACGCACGUCGAAAAGGUUUACUCCAAUGCCUAGUAAAGAUGGUGGAUCAGUGCUCUCCCUAGACCAAGUUAACGAUGAAUGUUUAAAACCUUAAGACUUAGAAGGUCCAUUGUUAGAUAUUGGUUCACUCUCGCACUGUACAUGUGUGAGGUCUUUAGGAGGGUUUUAAGUGGUUGAAUUCUCCUCACCUCGGCCCCAUUCUGAUACCAUUGUAAAUGAUAAUUAAAGAAAGCAAUGAAGAGAAAUUUCUUUCUUAGUUUUGA